GUUUCUUUCUUCCUCCAAGAACUCCAAGUCUUCGCGGAAUUGUCUCUUAGACUCUAGCGAAGUUUUUCAUCUCGCUUUCUCAUGGAAGAUCAUAGGCGUCCUUCAUCUCCUACUAAGCAAUACACACCAUCUCAAAGAAAUGACUCGGACGGUCCGUAUCGCCUUCUCUUUUGUUCAAGUAAGGGUGAUAAAGCUGGUGUUAUGGAGGAACUCAUGAAAGGUGUAAACACCAACCUUGCUGACUACGAUAAGAGAACAGCACUUCAUUUGGCGUCAUGUGAAGGGUGCACGGAGAUAGUUGUCCUACUUCUUGAGAGAGGGGCUGAUGUCAACUCCAUGGAUCGUUGGGGUCGUACUCCACUCUCUGAUGCUCGUAGCUUUGGCCAUCAGGAAAUCUGCAAAAUUCUGGAGGCACAUGGUGGAAUUGAUCCGAUGGGACUUGACUUUCAAUCUCCAUGUUGUUUAAUUGAUUCAAAUGAGGUGGACAUGACAGAAGGAACUCUUAUUGGUGAAGGUGCCUAUGGGGAAGUUUACUUAGUCAAGUGGCGUGGUACAGAAGUAGCUGCAAAAACCAUUCGUUCUUCCAUUGCGUCAAAUAAAAUAGUGAAGGACAACUUUCUAAAGGAACUAGCAUUGUGGCAAAAAUUGCGUCACCCUAACAUAGUGCAGUUCCUCGGUGUCCUCAAUCACCCUGAUCGCUUGAUCUUCCUCACUGAGUACCUACGUAAUGGAAGUUUAUAUGAUAUACUGCAAAAGAAAGGCAGACUUGACCCACUAACUGCAGUUGCAUAUGCCUUGGAUAUAGCAAGAGGUAUGAAUUAUCUGCAUGAACAUAAGCCUCAUGCCAUAAUUCACCGAGAUUUAACACCGAGAAAUGUUUUGCAGAGUGAGGCAGGCCGCCUUAAAGUCACAGAUUUUGGACUAAGCAAAAUCGCACAGGGAAAAGACGUUGGCUAUAAAAUGACUGGCGGAACUGGAUCAUAUCGCUACAUGGCUCCAGAAGUCUAUCGUCGAGAAUCAUACGGAAAAAGUGUUGAUGUCUUCUCUUUUGCUUUAAUUGUCCAUGAGAUGUUCCAAGGAGGACCAUCAAACAGGGGAGAAGAUCCGGAGAAAUUGGCAGACAAACGAGCAUAUGAAGACUUACGACCACACCUUCCUUCGAUCGUGUACCCUGAACCAGUCAAAAAGCUUCUCCGAGAUUGCUGGCAUAAGAAUCCAGACCGGAGGCCUACGUUUGCAGAAAUCAUUGGACAACUGGAGAUCAUCCAAGAGAACCUGCAACGGAAAGCCAUAACAGCCUGCUGUAAAUGUGCUAUCUUGUAAAAUGAGUUCAAAAGAAAUGUGCAUAUGUUGUGUUGUGUUCCUCCACAAAUUACAAAUACAGAUUAUACUCUGGUGUCUUGG